CGAUAUUACGUGAAUAACAACAAGUUAUCAAACAUCAAGAUAAUCUAGAAUAUUUUAAACACACAACUAUUGCAUAUUGUUUACAUCGUUUUCCGAGAUAUCAUCAAUAUGGUCGGUUCACAUGUAAUGUAGUGAGUAUUUAAGGCUAAACAACAACAAUGUCGCUUUAAUCUGAUUUAAACAACAUGUUGUUGAUAUUGUAUUCUGUGUUUACUUUCGGUAUUUUGUUUACGACAUGUUCUGGAGAUGUUGAGUUGUUGGGAAAAGGCCGUUGGCUGGUACUGACAAUGAUGGACUGCGAGGACGCGGACCAAUACGACAUCAUACUGACGUCAUCGCGGACCAAGAUCAACAGGACUCACGACAGCUACAACUUACACAUGAACCUUGAUAGAGAAAUCAAUUCUUCGUAUGGAGUACAACUCAUUAUAUACAAGGAAAUGGACGGCGGUUUCAAAUAUCACCAGACGAUGGGGAGUGAUAACUUCUGUGAGUACGUCAAGGAAAACACUGGCGAAAACUGGAGUAAACUCCUCACCCUGGGUGGCUUUGACCCACCUGACUGUCCUAUACCAACGGGGGAAUUUAAAAUCAACGAGUUUAUAGUAGACUACCAGCAACUGGAAGAGACGGGUUUGUACGGCACGUUCGACGUGACACUUCACUUGUUGCACGAGGGACACAAGAUCAUAUGUACCCGGUGGAUGGUACGCUUCGAGAAGGAACGCGACGAGGAUGACGACGAUGACGAUGAUGAUGAUGAUUAAAAAUGUAUUCGUUGAAUUA